ACUAUUAUUUUAAAAACUACUUUGAAAGAAACAUUUAUAAUGGAUAUGAUAAAGCGAGGAUAUAUCCUCAUGAAUGAACGAAUCAGAGUAUCGCGAUUUGAAGAUCCAUCCGCCCAUCUGAACUAACUCCAGCAGCGGCGACACACACAUAGCCUGCUCAAGCUGCACUCCUCGCGCGUGUGAGCGUGUCUCCCGCUUAAAAACAACCCUCAAGCCCACCAGAGAGGCUCAAACAAGACUCUGCUCUGCUGAAGCCUCGGUAGCUGUGCGUGUGGUGAUUAAAUAUGAAGGCUAAACUUCAUUCCGACGCGGAUUCGCAGCCUCAAAGUUGCUCCAACAGCGAUGAGGAGGGGACAAACAGCCUCAGCGACAGCCAGUAUAUCGUUGUCAAGCUUGAAGAUGAAGAUCCAGAAACCGAGAUGGAUCUGAGUAUAUUCGCUCCUGUCGAGUCCUCGGAGUGUGAGGAAGAAGAAGAAGAAGAAGGAGAGGAUGAAGAUGAACUCUCAGAGUCGUCCAGUGUUUCUAGCUGGAGAAGGAAAAACACCAGAGAGCGAGAUAACCAGGAGGAUCCAGCGCCCCUUGAGAAACAGUCUUCCAGGAGGUGUUUAAAAGGACGGCGACAGAGCCGACAGACCUUUCUGGCUGCGCAGAGACACAAGCAGAGUCUGGACUGUAGUGCAGCAAGCAGGGCCGUGAAUGUCGGACUCCCGUCAGAGAAUCACACAUUUUACCAAGCUGCGCCUCCGUUUGAUUCAGCCCGAGGUCCUGUAGAGACGUCUGGACCGGACACAGCAAUCAGCCCUUUAGCUGCCAUGGAGCCUCCUGUAUUUCCAAAUGCACCAGUACAGAGCACAUCUGUCGUCGGGGAGGAUCAGCAGAAUAUACUACUCGAGGUCCUGAACCAUUGUAGGUUCCUGCAUGCAGCAGUGCAGAGGCUUGAGCAGAAGAUUGACAGACAGAUGUCAAAUGAGCCAUUAUAUGAAAGAAGCUCAGCGACGCUGAAGAAUGGUCCAAAGAGAAGGGCGUCUCUGCGUGUUGAAGAAAGGCAGCUGUCCUGGUCUUUGGCCCAGAAACUUGAUCCACCAGUCCAGAGAAACCCACGCUGGAUCCCUCCCUGGAAACGAGGGCUGGAGAGGGCGGAUCUUCAGCAGGCUGACAACAGCAGCCCUCAGCCGGGCAAACCUCCCGGCGGCGGACGAGGCAGAGGCAGGGGCAGAGGACGGGGUCACAGGGGGCGCGGUAACGGAUCCCAGCGCCAGUCUCAAACUCCUGAUCCUGCUUCACUCAUGUCAAAGCCCAAUGGAGAAGAGGUCUGCAAUGCAUCCACAGAUGACCCCCAGCCGUCCCAGGUAAUGAAGGACGGCUCUCCGGCUAACACAGGCUCAAAGCGUCAGCAGAAAAGAAAGAAAUCCUUUACUCAGGUGGACGGGGAGGAUGAAAAUGAACUGGAGAAGAUGCCCAAGAGUAAAGAGGCCACACUCGAAGUUCAGGUUGACAGCAAAGUAAUGAUCGGAAGCCCCUUGAGGAAGGUGUGGAUCCCGCUGUCUGUGUACAAGGUGGUGUUUAAGGAGGUGGAGCCCCAGAAGGCUGUAGUGCCGGUGCUUCACGCUCUCUUCCCCAUCAGCACACUGUCCUGCAGUGCCGUCACAGGAAACCCUGCAAAAGGCAUCCAGCAACUCGACCCCAACAAAAUAGAAGCCCUUCGAGAGUUUCUUGCUGAGAUGUACCCACAGUUUGACGUCGGCGUGAGGGGCGUGUCGUGGGCACAGUGUCUUGGAGUGAUAAACAACAUCACCAAAGACCUCAAGAAACAAGCAGACAAAACAUCAAUCUGCCAAUAGAGGUCGGUUACACAAGAAAUAAUUUUUCAUACUCUUGAGGAUCUGACACUCAUACUCAAUGUGCAACAACGUAACCAGUUUUAUUCACUUCAAUCAAUCGUCUGAACUGAUACAGUGUUCAUAACUGAAGUGCAAGUCCCUGUUUUGACAACAGCUGUCUUUUGUUCUCUCUUCUAUAGCUGCUAAGUUUCAAUGGAGAGAAAGGUUUUGGAUGUGUAAUAUAUUAACAAUUCCUUUAUUCUUAAUAAAUCCAUAUAUUAACCGUUUUUUUUGUUGUUGUUUAAACAUCUAUAUAUUAAUGUACAUUUUAUAUUGCCAAAUAAAGUCUUUUUCAGA